AUGUCCGUGACACACCGUGAAGUGUUCAAAGCAUCCUGGCACCCACUUCUUCCUUUCCGGCUGCUGGCAAUGUUUCUGCGCAUCGGCGAGAGGAGCGCGAAGUGCUACAGUGAUGAUUAUGCGAAGCUCGUGACCGAGUAUGUGGAAGCCUUCAAGAAGCUGGAGCGGCUGAGAAAGAAUAGGGAAAGCAAACUAGGCGAGCUCCAGCAACAGUUUUCCGCAGCAGAAGAUUCGCAGGAGCAACUACUUCGAGUCUUGUGGAGCAACUGUCAACCAGCAAAGCGCCAAAAGACGUCUUCAAUGCCCCGCCAUUGGCAGCUCUUUCUUGACACCGCACGGGAGGAGAUGGAAGCAUGUAGCUUUGCCGAGAUGCAAGAUGGGGAGUCCUGCAUGAAACUUGCAGCAUAUGUUUGGGCAACGCUGCUGUCCGAAUUGCAGCCAAUGUAUUCCUCUCCUGCGCCUUGGUACGCCUGGCGCAGGGCAUUCACGGCGCUGCGCCAGAAGCGUUGCGGUGACGGAGAAGCUUGUGGUGACCGGCUUAUGAAGCAGCAGCAGGAGCUUGAGACUUUGCGCGCAGAGAAUGCGGAUCUCAAGAGGCAGCGGGGCAUCCCAGCGCCGGAGGAUGCACGAUCAGGCAUCCCUGAUGGCAGCGCCGGCAGUGUGUCCUCGAUCUUGAGCCAGGAUUCCUGGUUUUCGGUGCAUCCAUCGCGCACAAACGGGGAGCCAGGCUGCUUCAUGCUGGAUGCCAUUUUUAAGACGAGGCGCUACGGCAUGGACUUCUUCAUGAUGGGCAAGGAUCUCCUGGCGGGCUCGGAGGUUGUGGCUGCGGACGAUCGCACCAUGUUGCGUGUUGCAAAGGCGCCGGAGGUCCGCAACGGCUCCCAUGUCGUGGACUUGUGUGCCGGGGAUGCUUUGCUACAGGUGACUCCAGACCAUCGCAUCGUAACUUGUGACCCCGCUCAGAAUUGCAAAGACCUCCGCAGAGCAGGCAGCUUGCAGCCAGGAGACAUUGUGGUGCUCUCAGGGGAGCCAGUUGCGCUCACAAGCGUGGAGACAAGGUCAGAGCAAUGCAAGGUGUUGAGGAUCGUCUUUCAGCCAGAUCUGCCAGUUGCGACCUACUCACUUGCUCCCAGCAUGUGGAGCCAAGGCCACCCACGAUCGUGCACGCGCCGUGGCGGCAUGCGCCGUGGCGGCAUGCGCCGUAGGGGUCAGCCGGGGACUGGCGGGGCAGCCCUGGCAGCCACUGAUUCUCGUAGCAUCCCUGGCACAGCUCCGGGCGAGUACUCAGAGUGA